AUGAGUAGUCGCGCGAGUGCUCCGAGCGAGAGCGUUGCUCAGAAACGCAAAAAGACGAACGAAAACGAAAACCUCGGAUGGCUCGCUUCCGGUUCUUUCCUCCCACGGAAACGGAAACCGAUCGAAAAUAUCACCCAAUCCUCUUUGGUGUUCUUAGAAGCGGAGAAGGCGAAAUUGAAAUCGGAAACCGCGUUUCGUAAACCUUCUUCAACGACGACAGGAACAGCGGGAGGAACGACAGCGGAAACGACGACGAGAGGAAAAAGACCAACAACGAAGCGAAUUUCGAAAGAGAAGAGAGAAUUAUUGAAAGAGAAUAAAGGCGUUCGUGAACGGAAUUUAAAAGACGUCAGAGACGAGGAGAGAGAGAAAACGACGUUGGAGACGAAGGCGAGUUUGUACGAAAAGUUGUCGAAAGACGACGAUUUGGGAGGAACGACGAUGAAAGUACCGAAAGAAGGAUUCGACUGUAUGGAUUUCAGACGGAAACGACUGGAGGAAAAGGAAAAGGAGGAGUACGAGUACGAUUUUGGGAGCACGUACGAGAGACGCAGAUACGCGGGAAGAGAGGACGAAGACGAAGACGAAGAAGAGCGAGAACGGAACGAAUUUCGGGAGCAACGGCGAAGAGAGGACGAAGAAAGGGAAGCGCGAGAAUUUAGAGACGAGGAGAAGCGAGAGAAAGAGCGACGGUUGGUUGAAGACGUGGCGAGAGAGACGGAAGCGGCGAGGCGAGAGAGGGAAGAGGCGAAGAUGGAAACCGUCGAAGCGAGAGAGAAGCUGAAGAGGAAAUUCAUCGAAGAAAAGAUUGCGCAGUUGAAGGAGAAGAAGCGAUUGGAGAAAGAGGAGAAAAAGAAGAAGGUAAAGACAAAAGAGGCGAAGUAG